GGAGAUUACAGGUGUGUUAUGUAAGUACUAGAGGUACAGCAGAGUCUGAUAGAUACCUGAGAUUGAGAGACAGGGUGAUAGCAGAGAGACAGUGGAAGAUGAGGGACAGGAUAAGGGAUUCACAAGUGCAUCCUGUGUUUGGGAUAUGUUUCAGCCAGGGUGUCUCUCCAGUGUGAGGUGGUAUGUCAAACCGUGACUCACUGGGAUUUGGGGACCUAAUUCCCCAGGAUGUGGUUGAUAUUUUUGCCCAGGAGAAGCAUGGCAAAAGGGGCCGGAAGAAGCGCACGCACUCCCUGGGCCGGGCUUUGGGCUGGCUGAAGGGCAAGAAGAGGAAGGAGCUCGGUGCUAAGGGGCAGAGCCCUGGUCUAGGUCCUGCACUUGACUUGGCCUUGGAUAGGCACCCUGCUGCUGGACAUCAGGGUGGACACAAGGGAGGACAGAAGUCACAAGGUAACGGUCAUGCUGUCCCAAAGCGAGAUGACGAUGACGAAACCCCGGCACCCCCUUUGUUCCAGGAGAAUGUGUUCAUUGAGGCCAGCAGGCCCAAGUACCUGGAGAACCUUCACACUGAGGCCCUGGAGGGAUUGAAAAUGAUGCAGCAAGAAGAAACCAAUAAUGGUGUGGAGUACCAGGAUAAUGAAAGCACAAUUUCGAAUAUGACAGUCAACACAGACGGGGAAGGUGGAGGGUUUAUGACAGACAGUACCAUUGCUGACACAACUUCUGUUGUCUCUGUACAAUCGUCUGUGUCCACCAGAUCUUCCCGCUCUGGACUCACCAGGCAAGGAUCUACAUUCAGGCCCUUGAACUCUGGGAAAAAGUCAGAAAAGGCCAAGACAAGGAAAAGACACAGGAAGACUGUUGUGGGUAUCCCAAAGCAUGUUCAGAGAGAACUGGGCCUGGACAGAGUGGGUUGUUCAGUGACUCAGAGGUUAGAUGAGGAACAGCUUUAUAAUGGUGAAACUGACGACAGCUGCGCUGAUGGACCAGAGCAGUCACAAAAAGGAGCCAGUGCCAACUUUCAAAACAUGAUCCAGCCCCUCAACAAAGACCAACUGGAGAAGCUCGGUGCCACCCAUGCUGGUCAUAGGGAUGAUCUGGCCCUGCUGCACCGCAUGGGCCCCGGCUUCUCAGGUGAGCAGAGGCCUCGGUCCUUGGCUGUCCCCUGGAUGACCACUGCCAACAGCCUCCAGCAGGAGCCACCCAGCCCUGUCAUGUCCAUGUCACCCCAGGCCCCCUACAUGUCCAAAAUCAUUCCCAAUGCCGUGUUGCCACCCUCCAUUGACGUUGUGGAAAUCAGCCGUGGACGAAGUCGCAACAGUGUACGCACUGUCAGCAAGAGCAGCCUGUUGCUGUCAAGCCCAGCCCCCUCCCGUGCUUCCUCUAGAGCCUCUUCCUCCAGAACCACUUCCUCCAAAGCCUCCACCAUCUCCUCUGCCUCUCGCCACAACCCUCCCAACCUGUCAGACAGCUCUUGUUGGAGCAACUCUGAGUCCUCAGAGACCUUGGUAUCGGACUCCUCAACCAUCUCCAGCAGCAGCACCCCCAGACAGAGGUCACAGGACAGAGCCUCUUCAAAAGAAGACAAAAACAGUGUUCACUCCUCCAUCAGCAAGGCUUCGAAAUGCACCUCCAAUGGCAAGCUCGUUGUUAAGGGAGGCGAGGUUAAGAAAGAGGGCCCAUUUGUGCGUAGCCUCUCUGUCAUGAAGCCAAAGAGGGCUCCUCCUCCUCCAAGUCGCUCCUACUCCCUUCACAAUAAGAUGAAGCGCCGGUCACGUGAUCUGGCGGAGGUAAGGAUCAUUUCAGGGGAAUCAUCUCUUCAUAGCAUCUCAGCCUCAGGUGAGGAAAAUGAAAAAAACAAUUCUGGAUCUUGUCCUACGCCCUCCAGAAUCAUAGACAGCCCUGGAUACAACGCUGACACAAGUUCUCUGGAUGAGUCUAUAGGUUCUGUGUCAGUAAGUCCCUUCAGAUCCCAGCUGCAGGCACGAAAAGGAGAGAAAGCUGCAAAAGUUGAGGAAACUGCUUCCAGAGAUGCUUCAAAAGAGAAGCAGGGACCACUGCAGGAGAAUAAGCCAAGCAAAAUAGUCUCCCCAUCCAGUGGCUACUCCAGCCAAGAUGGCAGGUCUGCGCAGCUUUCUAAACAGCCCCACAGCUCAUCUCCAAGAAACAAAAGAGGCCUUUUAGCUAAGCUCCAAAGGUUUUUCCCUGGGCCCACUCCUGCUGCUUCAACUCCACCCCCUCCAACACAGCCAGAUGCUCCAAAGGAUUUAAAAGCUGACACCCCAGUCGAUAUCAGCCCUUCAGUAAGGACCUUGAGAGAACUCUUUAACAUCCCUCCACCACCUAAAGUCCAUGCACCUCCACCACCUCCUCCGGAGGUAUGGGCUCACAGCAAGCGUACCUUUGAGUUGCUACUGGGACCCCCGGCUCCUGAUAACGUUUAUGCCAUCAUAAAGAAGAACCCAAAGGACAGGAGACAACAGAGGAAGUCUCCUUCUGCAUCUACAGAGGGCUCUGUGACGAGCUUGGUGGUAGAAAGAAAACAUAAGAAUCCGACUGUAAUAGUGGAGUCUGUUAAUGGAUCCGUACAUGUUCUAGAGACAAAGAAAGUUCAAGAAAGUGAGAUUUUGAAUGCAGAGAUUCACGAAGAGAACAAUGACAGACUGGUAGAGCAGAAUGUUGAUGUCAAGGGAAAUAGAAAAGUGUCAGAAAAAGAUGAGAAAGUAAAAGUAUGUGAUAUAUUAAAUGGGAUGUUAGUGAAGGCGGUAGAGAGACGUGAAGAAAGGCUGGCAGCAGUGAAAGAAGAAGAAGCUAAAAACACAUCCACACAAGAUACAGAGGUGAAGACUAACAAGGAUACGUUAUCUGCCAUUUCAUUAGUACGCAUUCCUCUAUCUCCCUCUCACCCUUUGGUGCACAAUCCUCCCCAACCAUCCACCAAACAGACCACAGAGUUGUCUUCAGUACAAGUCGUUGUAUCCCCUGAGUCGUCCUGGCCCCCACCACCUCCACCAAUGGGCCUUGGUGGGCCUGAUGAGAUUGAUUUCUCUCUCCCGCCUCCCCCAAUGUUUGGUGAGGAGGGUUUAGUUAUACCUGUUCAGGUGCCACCAGAGAGGUCCAUUCCUGGUGGUGACUCCUCUUGUAUAACUACAUCUGUUUUAUCAGUGGUGAAAACAGAAUGUGCAAGGGUGACCACAGAGGCUGAACCACAGAAGCCCAGUACAUCCAAGGGGAUUGUACAACCAGCCCUGAAUAUCCCACCUCCCCCAUCAUAUACGGCUCCCCCUCCACCACUUGAAGCAGUCUCCCCUUCUACAAUUAAAAAGGUAUCUCCUUCAAUGCCUCUGCCACCACCUAAAGAGUUUUCUUCACUGCCACCUAAAGAGGUUUCUCCUCCACCACCUGAAGAAGUUUCUCCUCCACCACCUAAAGAGGUUUCUCAUGUAAAGCCCAAAGAGUCCUCUCCUCCUCCAAGUCAAGAAGCACUUGUUAAAGACGUCUCCUCCACACUGGUCCCAGUACCAGUUAAAGAGGUCCCAGUACCAGUUAAGGAGGUCUCCCCUCCACUGGUUAUCAAAGUCUCCCCUCUACCUUGUCAAGAGGUCUCCACUCUGUCCACUGAAGAGGUUUCUCCUCCGUCUUCUCAGGAGAAUGCCCAUCAAUCUUCUGAAGAGGCCCCACCUGUUAGCAAACUCACUCCGCCACAAAGUAUUCCACCUCCACCACCUCUACCCUCACAACCCCAGUCGUCAGAGCAGGAGAUUGAUAUUCCACAAGAGAACGUCCCUUCCGAAUCUGAAACUAUCCAGGUUUCAUCUAACAGUAUUCUCGCACCCCCUCAGAGUAUUCCACCACCCCCACCCAUACAGCCUCUCCACCAACCACCAAUUGUACCCCCAAAUACUGAUGGUUCAGCAACCAAGGAGGUCUCAAAUUCACCACCAUCUGAAGUCUCUAUUCCACCAGCACUUGAAAACUCUCUUUCAACAGAAAAGGCUCAAGAACAUGCUCCUUCUCCACCUGGUAACAUUCCUUUACCUCCACCUUUACCUGUACAGGGUCUUGCAAGCAUUAAAUACCAGCCAAGUCCUGCAAGCACAGAAAACCAAACCCCAGAGCUGACCCCUGCCCCUGUUUUACAGGACGAACCCAUUCCCAUUGUCACCCCCUCACUUCUGCAGAUGGUCAAGCUGCGUUCCGUCAAUAGCAGCCCCGAGCCUCCUACAGCUGGGGAGGAACCGAAGGCUGAGAUCACACUGAGGAAUCAGCCGCCCAGUCAUGAGGUUCCAAUCUCAUAUGCCAGUGGUGAGGCUCCCCAGAAGCCCAUCAGAAAGUCUCUAAUCAUGACCUCUCCCACAUCCACUUCCCCACCUGCCAUAGUUAUUUCACAACCAGCUCUGCCCAAGUCCCAGUCUCUUGUGGUUCCACCUGGGUCUGAAUCCACAGUACUGUCUCCUACGAAAAAGUCUCCUCCUGCCAUGACCGCCUCUCCUUCCAUGAACCUUCAGGAGGCCAUCCGCCUCAGGACAGCAGCUAGAUCAAAAGGCGGCCCUGCAUCUCGCCUCAGCCUUCACUCACCAACAUCACCAAUAGACCUCCAUAAGUCCCCUUCCAGCACAGCAAGCUUUAUCUUCUCCAAAAGCAACAAGAAUGUGGUGAUUGAGACCAAGCCGGCAUCGGAGACCAAGACAACCACACAGAAGAACCUGGAGGUUUCCUCUGUAACAAAGGUGGUGAGUGACGCAGAGUCGGUGAAGAAGGGAGUCAAGGUGCCACCACCUGUUGCAAAGAAACCCAAAACGAAGGGAAAAGAGAUUGAGACCAGUGAAGGGACGGAGAGUACUGCAGGACAGGAAGCACUGCAAGAGAGUAUCAAGGAUGCAGCGGAGAAUACGAAUGGGACAGCAGGUACUGUUGAAGGAGAAGAAACGCCAUCGACAUGAUUGUAAAGACUGAAGGAGACAUGGGAAGGACAUUAAUUACACUGAAUCUGAAUCUUCUGUUGGUCUUUGUAUGUGAGAGACAAGGAACUUGAUUUGGAUAGAUGAGAUACAUAUUUAAAAGAUUGCAUUUAGAAAAUUUAUGUUAAUGGUGUAGGUCUUAAUUUUCUCAAGUACUCAUUUUGCAUUUUACUAAGAGUAAAUACAAUAUAUUUUGUUAUGCCAGAGGGUCUUCUGAGCUUUACAGUUGCUAGAGAUGGGAAUAUACUGCCCUCUAGUGUCAAACAAUGAUUGUACCACUUAUGUCCUGCUGAAUCAGAGCUUUAGUUUAAUCAGUACUCUUAACAAUGGGACUUUUGGGUGCUCUGUAAAUAUAGCAAAAUGUUGUACAUUUAACAUAUCCAGUAAUGACGGAUCUGUGCUACACAGUUCUGUAUAUUUUUCCAAAGGAGUUUCCACACCAAUUAUAUUUGUUAAAAAAAUAUUAUCUUAAGUUAUUUUUCCUGUUUUCAUGUUCAGAGGAGGGUCUCUACAGACAGACUGUCUUCUUUGCAAUGCUGUGUUAAAACCCAAAUAUCACUUAAAUCAGAUUUGUUUGUAUAGCUCUUUAUCAUAUCCAAAUAUAUGUUCUUCUCAAAAACCCUGUGUGUCAUUUGUUGUGAUUCACAACUAUCUAUGUGCAUGACCAUUAACGUCACAGAAACAAUGAACAGACAUGUAAAGCAAUACUGGAAUCAUUGUUUUGUAGCAAAUCUUUAUGCUGCUUUCAGUUACUGAUAAUGGAGACAGUGCCUUUCCUCGCAGUUAGGGAUCAAACUGUGGUAUAUUUGUGUUGAACUUUAAUAUAUUUUAAACUGGUUUCAGAGACUGUAAUGUAAUAAUAAAUCAUUCAUACUGGAAAGAAUAAAGAUUUAUGGACCGAUCAAA